ACGUGAUACCUGUUUCUGUGUUUUGACCCGUUUUAAACUUGAAUAAGCGAACUUUGUUGUAUUUUUAAAUAAAAACACCACAAAAAAUCAUGAAUGGAAUUCGUUUGCAAAAACCUACGUGCUAUUUUUGUAAUAAAGUGCUAGAAAAUGAAACGGAGGAGGGUCACUUAACAACUUGUGGAUCAGUUUUAGAGCCGUGCGAAUUCAAAUGCGGGGCUUAUUGCCAAAGAAAAAUGAGAGAUAAACAUUUAAAAGAGUGCACAAAUCGACCACAAACGCAAACUUUACCGAGAAUGACUAAACAACACAAAAAUAUGCAAUUUGAACAUGUUCCAAUACAAAAUGUUCAAUAUCAAAGUGCGUUUCAAAAAAAUCCAGUUCAAAAUGUUCCAAUACAAAAUUUCCCGGUUCAAAAUAUUUCACCACAAAAUUAUUAUCCAACAACAUCACGAAUUGAUUCAACACCUCAAAAAACGAUUAGUAUUGAUGUUUUAAAAUUACAAACAAAACUUGGUUCGAUUGAGGGACAAUUAAUUCAAACGCAAAAGAAUUUGGAAGCUUUAAAAUUAAGGCAAGAUAAAUUAUCAGCAAUGCAAACAACAAUAAAUCCACAAAUUUCAAGUCAAUUAGAAAAUUUAAGUUAUCAAAAUCAUAAUUUCGUUGAAUGGAGAAAAACCAUGGAUUCAGAUGUAAACAAUUUAAAAUAUGAUUUAGUCCAAUCGGAUCGUUUAAAAUUGGAUUUAAACAAAAAAAUAAAAAUGUUAGAAGAUAAAUUAUCUCUAUUUAACAGUUUAAUGCCCGAAAUAAACAGUUUUAAAGAAAAUCUUAUGAAAGAACAAAUUAUUUCAAACGAAGUAAUAAGGGAGGUUAAAUCGAAACUGGAAAAGCUCGAAGAUUUUCAUGCUCAUGAAAAUGCGGCCAUCGGCGGGUUAUGGGACGAUCAACGAAAACGAUUGGAAGAAAUCAAAGGGGAUGUUGUUGGGUGUUCAAAAAAUAUUGAAGAGCAAAAAUUGAAAUAUAGCACCGUCGUUUUUGAUUUGCGAGCAAUCACACAAAUCGCGACCGAAAAUGCAGAAAAAGUAGAAAUCCAGGAGAAAGAAUUAAUUUCAAUUCGAAAAAAUUUAACACAAUUAAAACUCGACAUGGAAAUUUUGGAGGAUACGCAAAUUUCUAGAUUUUUCACGAAACCCGGACAUUUAAUUUGGAAAAUGAACGAGUUUAAAAUGAAAAUGGAAAGUGCUAAAAGUACGGAUUUAGUUUUAAGAAGCCCUAUUUUUUAUACUCACGAAUAUGGAUAUAAAAUUCGGUUAAUUGUUUAUUUAAAUGGAAUUAAAAAAUGGAAAGGGAGGCACAUGAUAGCUUGUAUACACGUUUUAAAAGGCGAAUAUGAUUUAAUGCUACCUUGGCCUUGUUUAAUCGAAGGAAAUGUUACUAUAAGGGAUCUUUAUGAUUAUUCAGAUCCGAGACACACCACGAAAUUUAUUAGUGCCAAACGAGAACAUGGCGAUGAAGUCAACGAUGACCCCCAAGAGUCUUCAACUCAAUACAUUUUUAUCCCCCACACCACAUUAACCAAAUACAAUCAUAUCAGAGAUGACACGUUAUUUUUAGAAGUAAAAAUCGGGCGAUAUAUGAAACAUCAAGAUGAAACAAGUCUUUAAAAAGGAUAAAAAAGUUUUAAAAAAUUAAGUACAUAUUUAUUAUUUUUUUGUACGGUUCGAUUAAUUU